CAGACUCUCUCUCUCUCUCUCUCGCCAACCCAGGAAAUCCUCAUCAAUGCCAAUGCACCUUUCCUUUCUUUCUACUCUUCUUUUUUUGUUGUUGCUUCAAUGGAAAUGGAAACACCGCUGCUACCACUACUACUUCUAUCCUUUUUGAUGAGCUUUUGAAUUUGUAUGUUUCCAAUGGAGAAGAAGAAGUAUCCAAUUGGUCCAGAGUGUUAUGAGCUUUAUGAGGAGGUUGGUCAUGGCGUCAGUGCCUCCGUUCAUCGCGCUCUGUGUGUCACUUUCGAUGAGAUCGUCGCCAUUAAGAUUCUCGAUUUUGAACGUCACAACGGUGAUCUGAGUAACAUUUCUCGUGAAGCACAAACAAUGAUAUUGGUUGACCACCCCAAUGUCCUUAAAUCACACUGCUCCUUUGUUACUGAUCACAACCUGUGGGUUGUCAUGCCAUUCAUGGCUGGCGGUUCUUGUCUUCAUAUAUUGAAAGCUGCUUACCCUGAUGGUUUCGAGGAGGCAGUGAUAGCAACAAUACUCCGUGAGGCAUUAAAGGGUUUAGAGUAUCUUCAUCAUCAUGGGCAUAUACAUCGAGAUGUUAAAGCUGGGAAUAUUCUCAUCGAUGCACGUGGUGCCAUCAAACUAGGAGAUUUUGGUGUCUCUGCAUGUCUUUUUGAUUCAGGUGAUAGACAACGCAUGAGGAAUACAUUUGUCGGGACGCCUUGCUGGAUGGCACCAGAGGUUAUGGAACAGUUACAUGGUUACGAUUUCAAGGCUGAUAUAUGGUCUUUUGGGAUUACUGCAUUGGAACUUGCUCAUGGACAUGCUCCGUUUUCAAAGUAUCCUCCAAUGAAGGUAUUGCUUAUGACCUUGCAAAAUGCACCCCCUGGCCUUGAUUAUGAAAGAGAUAGGAAGUUUUCUAAGUCUUUUAAGCAGAUGAUUGCUAGCUGUUUGGUGAAAGAUCCUUCAAAACGACCCUCUGCAAAGAAGUUAUUAAAGCAUUCCUUUUUCAAACAAGCUAGGUCAAAUGAUUACAUAGCUCGAAUGCUUUUAGAGGGUUUGCCUGCUCUUGGGGAUCGAAUAAAGGCAUUAAAGAGAAAGGAAGAAGAUAUGCUUGCACAAAAGAAGAUGCCAGAUGGUCAAAAGGAGGAAAUAUCGCAGAAUGAAUAUAAACGAGGAAUUAGUGGCUGGAACUUCAAUCUUGAAGAUAUGAAGGCUCAAGCUUCCCUGAUCCAAGAUGAGGAUCCUUUACCAGAUAAUAAUCAAGCAAGGACCUCAAAUUCGUUAGCUGGACUGGAGGGACAUGAGAAGCAACCACAAAUGUUGUUACCAGAACAAUUUCUACAAGUUGUAGAGGAAGAUAAUGAUCUUAUACAGAUUCAAUCGACUUCGCUUCCAUUUAGUAGGUCAUCCGUAAAUGUUAUGAGAAGUGAAGUGGUCAGAUCUGAUGAUAACUCUAGCUUUGCCAGUCCAUGCAGUGAAUGGCAUGUCUUGCAGAAUCCUUCACACGAUGAUAAUGGUAACCUAAAAAAUAACAUCGGUGAAAAGCCUUUUCUGGAUAAUGGAGAAAUUUUGGCCGGCGUGGCUAGUCAUUCACAUGAAAGAAGAGGAGGUUCAUCGGAGAGCAUGACCGUAACAGAGACUACCGCUCUUCCUAUUAUGAGAGACAGCGAUAAGUUGCAAAAUUUGCCGCAGAGCAACUUAGCUUGCAAUGGAGCAACAGCCCAUCAUGCAUUGGAUGACACAGUACUGGAGAUCCCAACUAAAGUACAUAAAUCAUCUGAGAUUCUUGCAACAGCGAAUAGUGAUGAACUUGAUGAGAAAGCAAAGCCACCAGUUGUUCAGCAACGAGGACGAUUUAAAGUAACUUCUGAGAAUGUUGAUUUCGAAAAGGUGGUACCAUCGCCAAUACUGCAAAAGAGUCAUAGCAUGCAGGUGCUUAACCAACAUGCCGCAGUUUCUGUACCAUCAGCACUUGAGGCUGCAGCAUCAACUCUUUCUGCCUCGUCUAUUUUUCCAUUGCUGCAAUCAAUUCUGCAAACAAAUACUCUUCAAAGGGAAAGCAUUUUGAGGCUCAUGAAACAGAUAUCUACUUUUGAAACCACAGUAAACCCAGCCAAUCGUGCUGCUGAGGGAGGAUCCAGUAUGGCAAAUCUAGGUGUAACAGAGAAGUCUUUGUUAGAAGCAGCGCAAGACAAGGAAAAGGAGCUACUUAAUGAAUUAGCUGAUUUGCAGUAUAGGCUAAUAUGUGCUCAAGAGGAACUCCAAAAAUAUAAGACAGAAAAUGCUCAGGCUUGAUUCCAUUAUUCUACUACUUCUUCGGUGUAUGUAUAUAAAUUUUCUCAAGCCCAAAUCUCUCCAGGAAGUAAACAGGAGGAAAGCACCUGAAUGACCAUGAGACGCAUGUGAUAGGCUCAUAUCAAUGCUAUAUUAUUAAAUAUAUAUCAACGUUAAGUUUUUUUUAUUAUACUGUAGGUUUAACUUUUAGGUAUGCAAUUGUUCCCCCAAAUGUGAAGCGCAUGUUGUUAAUGAGGCACGAGGUUAGUGUAGUCUUUAUUUGAUAAUGCUCACAUAUUGUAGCCCAAAUAGUUCCAUGAUCUCAAUAUUUUCUCAGAUUUUUCACCCCGUGAUUUGAUUGUAAUCUCUAAGUACAUGUAUGUAAAUGUUUUGUAUACUA